GAUUGGGUGUGGUGUGGUUUCUGGGCAUGGAAACUUUAUCCUCCGUAUACUUAAAAUGUGGGGUUUCGUGGCCCAAAAACUUUCCAAGUAACGCGAAACAGGGUCAGAAAAGCGGGUCAGGUUCACACUCUGGGCGCCAACAACACGCACAUGGAAAGCCACCUCUCUACUACGCCAUAAAAACCCGCCAAACAUCCACGCAGCUUCACAGCGCCAUGGAGGAUGUUAGGGCUACCUCCGCCUGGGUCGCCAGCCGCUCCUCCCACGUUCUCGUCGACUCUGCAGGGAUUGAGAAAGUGGUGAGCACCAUUGAGUCCAUUCCCAAGGUUGAGUGGGAUUUCGAAGGGAUUCAUUACUUCGAUAAUGGACCACUCACUGUCCAAUACUUGUUUGUUCUGGACGCUUUAAAUUUUUGCUUCUGGCCUGAUAAGGAUUUGAAUUACGACGAUUUGGCAUCUGGGUUAAAGGCAGCUCUUCAAAACGAUAAAUCUGCCUUCGAUGCUGAUCGUCUGCAAAAGUACACCGGUCCACAGUUGCGCGAGCUUUUGAGGUGGCCUAGACCCCUUCCUUUGGAAGAUGAACGAGUUAGGUUACUUCACGAGGUUGGGAGUGAAUUGGAAAGGAACUUUGAGGGUAAAGCAUCCAAUCUUGUUCAGUGCUGUGGAAAAUCAGCUGUGAAUCUCGUCGCUCUAGUUGCACGCCAUUUUCCUGGUUUUAGAGACCAUACAGUGUACAAGGGACGCCAGGUAUUUUUAUACAAAAGGGCUCAGAUAUUUGCAGCAGAUUUGUGGGGUGCAUUUGGGGGCCAAGGAUAUGGUGAGUUUAAAGACAUCGGCUCUUUAACUAUAAUGGCGGACUAUAUUGUCCCAGCUGUGCUUCGGCAGCUUGGUGUUUUAAAAUAUAGUCCAACACUGGCCAGUACUAUCGAGUCCAGUGGAGAAAUAGGUCCAGGGACUGAAGAGGAAGUUGAACUGCGGGCUUGCUCUGUGCAUGCGGUGGAGAAAAUGAGGGAGCUGAUAAGUAAAAAGUCAGGAAGACAGGUUCUCAGUGUGGAGCUGGAUCUUUGGCUCUGGGCUGCUGGUGUUCAGUGCACAUCUCUGCAGCACCACCGAACACUUUCAAUAUAUUACUGAGCUCAUCAUAUAUGAAAUCAGGUGUAAAUGCAAAAAGUGGUGUUUUUUACAGUGGCGGGUGGCAGCAACUUUGUUUCAUCUAGUGGGUAGGACCACUCACUAUCCUAGUAAGUUUUAAACUUUCGUACACUUUUUUUUUUCUGUUUUAUUUUACUUUGGUUAAAUGAACAAUCUGAUUUCGCUUAUACCCAUGUAUAAUAGUUUUGCUUAGGUAAUUUUAGGUAAAGCUUAAGCCACUCGUGAGGGAAUAAUAUCUGUGUUGCAUAUCGACCAUCCGAUUAAUCCUUCGAAAUUUACUCCAUGCGUAUGUAAGAAUCAUAUUCACAUCAAUUAUAUAUACACAUCUAUAUAUACCUAUAUUAGAUUAAGACAAUAUAGUAUGUAAGUAGGUGUAAAUUUCAUCUUACAUCUUACAAACCAGUUUUAUGAGAUUAAGUUGAGUUUAAAAUUCACUUCUUAAUAUGGUAUGAGAACAUGGUAUCAAAACUAGGUUAAAGUCUAUCUGAAGAAAAUUUCUUAAGCAUAUUGUUUCAUCCGUUAUCGGGUUGUUAUCAGAUCAUCCAUUUCUAGUCCGACGCACGAGAUGUACCUUGACUUGAGAAAUGUGUUGGAAGUUCCACAUAACUAGAGUUAAGAUAAUUUUAUAAUAUAUAAGUGGAGUGCAAAUUACAUUUUACAACUUAAUUUUGUGAGAUUAAGUUAAACUUAAAAUUUAUUUUAUAAUAAUUAUAUAAACAUGAAGUAAUACGUGUAUAAUACAUGUGAAACUGUGAAAAUCUAGUUUUGUUAAAAUCAUCGGAUAGAAUAGUCCAAUUAAACAGAAUUUGUGUACUCGAGAAUUGAGAUGCCGAUUGAUUUGAAGAGGAAGGACAACCAAGCAAGUUACUUUAUAUUAAGAGACAUGGGGACCUAGCCAUCAACAUCAUGAUUUGUUGGUGGAAUCGGACUCAAGCUAAUCCAAAUGUAUGUUGGUAAUACAGGGACCCACAUAUCGGAAUCUUUAGGAUAUUGCCUACAUUUUUACCAUGAUUUUAGCUCUUUGUUUCUAUUGUGGAGAUUAAUAUAUUACGCCUUUUUUUUUUCUUCUUUCUUUUCUAUAAUUGAUGAUGCUCCUCAAUUCUGUA